UGGAGCUGGACGUUACCUGUGUGACAGAAAGGAACGAAAGCUUGAUGUAAAAAGAAGCACAAAGCAACAUGUUUUACUGUCACUCUGUACUCAUCUCCUGGAUUCUGCUGCAGUGUUUAGGUGGAGUGUGGUCAUGGGAGGCAGUGGUGGUGAAGAGCUCGGUGUUCGCUCGUUCUGGAUCCUCUGCUGAGCUCUCCUGCAGUUACAGCACACACGCUGCACAGGGCUUCACUCUGGAGUGGAGGUACGCUGCCCCAGGAUCACCUGCACUCCAGGCCAAGAGGGUGUUGUACUAUAAUGGACAUCUGUACUGGGUGGAUUCUUGGGAGAGCAGGAUGGCUUUAGUGCAGAAUCCUCCAACCUCUGGUGUUGCUUCUGUGAAGAUCCUCAGUGUUCAUCCCUCAGACGCUGGUCUUUACAUCUGUGACGUCACCAAUCCAAAUGACUGGUCUGGCAGCGGACAGGGCCUGGUCAACCUGACUGUGUUAGUGCCUCCAUCUGUGCCCGACUGUCAGCUGAGUGGCAGCACCUACAUGGGGAAUGAUGUUACUCUGACAUGUAAGAGUUCUCAGGGAGUCCCUGCACCCAUCUACUCCUGGAGCCGAGAGAAAGGUGCAGCCCCCCUGCCCCCCACCAGCAUGGUAGAAGAUCAGCGUAGCGGUUCACUGAUGCUGACCAACCUGACCGCUGCCUUUACUGGAACAUACACCUGCAGAGCCUCCAAUGAUCUGGGCGAGGCAGCGUGCAGCAUUGCUGUAAAAGUGGCACACGGUGACACAGCAGCGGUGGUUGGUGGGGUUCUGAUGGGUGUGUUCCUGGUUGUUCUGCUGAUCAUGGCUGUGGUGAUCUACCUCUGCUGCUGCUACAGGAAGAGAGCUCACCAGCACACAGAGAAGAACGAGCUGAGGCGGAUGAAUGUAGGUCCAGCAGGCCGGCGCAGGUCAAAGGGUCCUCUGCUUUCUGAUGAAAAUCACCCACCACUCAGAGUCUCUCACUUCAGCCCACUGGUGUAAGAGCAGCGUUCAUAAUCCUGUCUCUACUGUACAUUAACCAACCAAAUUAUUAUCUGUAAUUUGAUUUUCUAUAGUGUUUAGUUUUUUUGAACAGGAUAUUUGAAAUAGUUCUUGUGAUUUUGUUUUUGUGAAUUUUGUAAUAAAUGUAAAAUCUCCAGAUUUUAAUGUGCACUUUUACAUUUGCCUGCAAAGAAAAUACAGCUCUAUAUUUAUAGGUAUAUGUUUGAGUGAAAUUAAUAUUGUUGUUUUAUUCUAUAAACUUUGUACAACAUUUCUCCCAAAUUCCACAUCGAAAUAUUGUCAUUUAGAGCAUGUAUUUGCAGAAAAUGAGAAACAGCUGAUAUAAAAAAAGAUACAGAGCUUUUAGACCUCAAAUAAUGCAAGGAAAAUAAGUUCAUAUAACCCUUGUUUUUUAAUCACAGUUUUCAUGCAUCAAGCAUGUUCUCCUCCACCAGUCUUACACACUGCUUUUGGAUAACUUUAUGCCUUUACUCCUGGUGCAAAAAUUCAGGCAGUUCAGUUUGGUUUGAUCCAUCCAUCUUCCACUUCUUUAUAUUACAGAGCUUUUCAA